GGUUAGGCUUGGCUUCUGGUGAUGGUGGAGGCAGGUUUGGUUUCGGAUUGUCUUCUGGAGGUGGUGCUGGUUUCUGAAUUGGAGGAAGCUCCUCCGUGGAUGCCGGCCUUCACCCAUUCACCACCAAUGAAAAAGUAGAGCUACAAACCCUGAAUGACCGACUGGCCAUCUACUUGAACAAAGUGAAGAAACUUGAGACUGCCAACCGUGAGCUGGAGGAGAAGCUUCGGGGGUUCCAGGCCAACAAGUUGCAGGUCACGUACGACAUGCAAGCCUACCAGCAUCAACUACAACCUCUUCGAGAACGGCUUACAAACAUUUUGAACGAGUCUGCACACCUUGCGGUAACCAUCAAUAAUAUCAAACUGGCUGCUGAUAAUUUCAGAAUCAAAUGGCUUCGAAAGACAAAGAGAUAAUAGAAGUUACCGAUGUCACGGUGGCAGGGAGCACUGAGAUUGCUACGAGCCGAGGUCAGAUCCUGAACCUUCAGACUGAGCUGGACACACUGCUGCUCCAGAAGACCUACCAGGAGCACCUGGUGGAUGCUCAGGGGCAAAAGCAGGUACAGCUGCUGGCUUUGAGUCGCCUGGCUGGUGGUCUGGAGGCUGAGCUGGCUUCAGUGCGGGACAGCGCUCUGCACCAGGCCCAAGAAUAUCAGUUGCUGCUUAGCACUAAAGUGCAGCUGGAGAAAGAGACUGCUACCUACAAAACCCUGUUGGAGGGUACUGAGGACCUCAGCAAGAUCGCUGGCAUCAGUCUUCCACCAUCGAUAGCAUGGAGCGCCCCAGCACUUGCUUCAGCUGCUCCAAAGAUCUAUGCAGAGAGUAAGUCAGGGGGUCUAAUCUCGUCCACAAAGGCCCGGUGUGGCUGGAAAUUUUUAUUCCAACAAAACAGAAGAUCGCAUUAUCAAAUGUUUGAGGACUGAUUCAACUAGUGGAAUUUGGUCUGCUUCAGCUUGUUUGGAGUGAAAGCCUGUAACACCAGUUACAGAUCUGCUGAUACUGUACAGCAGUGAUGCAUAUCACUGUGCUGACAACU